CGCGCUUUGCGGCAACGAAGUGAUUUACGAGGUCUUCGAGGGUUAGAGGGCGGUUCUGAUCAAGCGACCUCCUCGAGCUCCCGCUGCUUGCGGAGGAGGCCGGUGAUGGUGGAGAAGCCAUUGCGGAGAGGGAGUGCGGAGUGCGGAGUAGGCUGGAGCUUGCGGGCGGCGCUGAAUGAUUGGGCAGACGCGACUGGCCGAGCACAUCGUUACGGCGAAGAGACGAGCGCGCGGAGCACCAGUACAGUGGAUUGCUCAGCUGCGAUCAGGCCAUGUUGGUAGCAGGAUGCAAGCAGAGCUCAUGCGGUGGAGUCGCAGCUACCUAGAGCUCCGCCCGGUACGCUUACCCAGAAGGGCAGCGCGCAUACCGUUCACUGGGGUCCCCGGUAUUCCAAGCGAUAAGGGCUGCCCAGACGCUGAGCGAUUAUUUGCAAUAUUCAAAGAAAAAGGGCAAUUUGUGAGUGAUAGCUGGGCUAGGCCGGCGCGAGUCAAAGGCUAUUGCGUGAUACGGGCGCUCAUCGUGGCGGUUGAUGGCGUGCUCGGCGACCUCAGAGGUGAGCGGCGACGUCCCGAGAGGCGUAGCCGCAAACCCCACCGCCGUACGAACCUCGAACCUCACGACCUGACGACGUCCAACCCGCAAAAGCAAAGCCGGCAGCGCAGAUUCUGCCAUUGACUCUUCACCUCCGCGAGCGACGACCCACAGCUACCAGCCUGCGCACCGCUGCCCGCCACGUCCUUGCGCCCGGAGUGAUUCGCGGAGCCUGUGAAACCGUCGCCGUGGUACCUCAGCACGCAAUAUCUCCCCC